GAAAAAUCAAUUAAUAAACAAGAAUGACAAUGCGAAAGAAAAGAACACGGAAUAAAGUAACACUCAUCCAAUUAAUAAACCCAUACGAAUUCAUACAUAGCAUAAAUUAACGCUUUGAGAUAAACAAAAUGGUAAUCAUCAACUUAAUGAUUAAGCGCGUUCACCGCGAAGACGACGAGCCAAUUGCAUAUCCUUGGGUUGAAUAGUGACACGCUUACCGUGAAUAGCACACAAGUUGGUGUCUUCGAAGAGGGAGACAAGGUAAGCUUCGACAGCUUCUUGAAGGGCACCGACUGCAGAGGAUUGGAAACGCAAAUCAGUCUUGAAAUCUUGGGCAAUUUCACGAACCAAACGUUGGAAUGGAAGCUUACGAAUCAACAAUUCAGUAGACUUUUGGUAACGACGAAUUUCACGAAGAGCGACGGUACCGGGACGAUAACGGUGAGGCUUCUUGACACCACCAGUAGCGGGAGCAGCCUUACGGGCGGCCUUAGAUGCAAGUUGCUUACGAGGAGCCUUACCACCAGUGGAUUUACGUGCGGUUUGCUUGGUACGAGCCAUUUUUCAGAAUUGCUGUAUUGUGUAGUUGUAGAGUAGACUUUUGGCGACUGCAGGCGCGUCCUUAUAUAUAUAGAGUGAGCCCUAAAAAUUUGAUCAACAACCCGAACCCUGUUAUUAGAAUUGACGUCAAAGGAUUGAUGGCGAUUGUCGCACUAUAUAUAAGAAGGCACAGGAGCCCAACUUUAUCCAGUAAGCACUCGAACUAGCGAGUUUAGCGUUCUACAACCGGUUUCACUAAAUAUAUUACUGAACUAUGUCUGGCCGCGGUAAAGGAGGAAAAGGAUUAGGAAAGGGUGGUGCCAAGCGUCACCGUAAGAUUCUGCGUGACAACAUUCAAGGUAUUACCAAGCCCGCAAUUCGCCGUCUUGCUCGUCGUGGUGGUGUCAAGCGUAUUUCCGCUUUGGUCUAUGAAGAGACUCGUGCUGUCUUGAAAUUGUUCUUGGAAAGUGUGAUUCGCGAUGCUGUCACCUACACUGAACACGCCAAGCGUAAGACUGUCACUUCUUUGGACGUUGUCUAUUCCUUGAAGCGUCAAGGCCGUACCAUUUAUGGUUUCGGUGGUUAAACAGUUUUUGUUGUUUGGUUAUUUGUCUGGUUUACUUUACCAAACGAACGCAUCGAAAUAUCACGAGAUGUGUGUCAGUUGGACUGGAAGAAGCGAAGCGUAGAGAAGGUUUCAUCGUCUUUUAGGAAAGGCCAAGCCGUAUGGACCAUGAUUCUUGGUUCUUCGUGCAAUUAUGAUUCUACUCUUGUAUGUGCUGGCUUUCUUGUAGGAUUGGAAAUCAUUCCCUUGAACAUUCUUUCCCUUGGAGCCAUCUGCCGGUAGUGUGUAUGAAAAUACAUCGCUAUGCCCAUACCUAUAGCCAAAAAGAUAGAGCAAGAGCAGGCUGUGGAUGAUUUCCUUGCAGAGGCUUCUCUUCCAACAUUCUUUCUACGAGAUCCUUCUUUGUGUGUUUUUUUUUAUUUCAUUUUUAAUGAUGGCAGCACGCUUUUGUUUUCUCAUUGUAUAGUAUUUGCUAAGAGCUUGGUUAAUUGAUGGAUUUUUAUGCUUUGAUUGAAGCGCGCGUAGAGAAACGAUGAAGAGAGUAGUAUUUUAUAUGUAAAGAG